ACUAUUUUUUUUUUUUUUACGAUUGGGAAAUGACGAGACUUAGAGUCAAGGAAUUUCAAGAUGGCCACAUAAACAAACUGUUGGUUGCGGUUGUCGCUUGCGUCGUGUCUCCCCUCUUAUCUACCGUGUCUCUCUCUGUUGCUAGCCGAGUGGCAGUUGUGUUUUAACUUCUGCUUCCCAGUAUUUAUAGUGUCUCUUUUCGUAAACAAGUGAACAGUCGUGCCCAUAUUCCAUGAUUACCGAGUUAUGACCGGUUCUGUCAUAAUAAACAAAGACACGAUUCCAGAAGAGUAAACUAGUGCAGCGGUAUAUUGCACAUUGCAUUGCAAUUGCAGAUCCAACCAACCAACCCACUACACAAUUCCAACACCAGGCAAUUGACAGAUAAUGUUGAACAAAUGGCUUCAGCUUCAAAAAAGAACAUCAAAGUGUCCGAAAAGGUCCAAGAGAUUAAACGUAUGCAGAGAAAUUGGUUUGACCAAAGAGCUUCGUCAGGAGGUAGUGAGAAAACGUCUUCAUCUGCUUCUAGACUGGCCCCUACAGGGAGAGGGAGCAGUAAAGGAGCAAAAGAAACAACAAAUAAACCAGACACUGUUUCAUGGGUUGUUUCCGGAAACUCAAAGAAAAAGCCUGUAACAGUCAGGGCAAGAUCUGCAUCCCCAGCUCGUCCAACCAGCCAUAAAUCUGUUUUGCCCGCACAAACAAGCUCAAGAGGAAAGGGGGGAUUCAACCCAAAAGUCAAAGAUGGGCGACCUCAGUCAUCAGGACAACCAACAGGUCAUCUGACAACAUCAAGAAGUGAUACUGGAACAGUAAAGAAGAGUCCAAACCUAGGAGGUUCUGGUGAACGGUAUCUAAAUGGAACAGUCUCUCAUGUUGCCUCAGAACCAAACUUGGACUUUGCUGUUGAGCCAAAUGAGAACUGGAAUACAGACUCAAAUGUGAGAACUUAUCAUCCAGGUGCAACACAGGGAAAAUCAGACCAAUCAAAUCAUAGCCAACAGAAAGGCUACAACCAUUCAGACUAUGUUACCGAUAUAGCUGUCCAAUCACAUUCCACAAAGUUACUAGAUGGCCAAUCAGAUAUCAGAGUGCAAACUAUAAACCAAUCAAGUGAGAAUGAAAUUCCUGGUGUCGCUCAAUCAAAAGGAAACAGUGCAGGAUUAAUGGAGCCGGAUGCAUUUGAUAAGCUCGCUGACCAGAUUGCAAGUAAAGUUAAGGCUGAUUUAAAGCUUGAACGGAAUCAAGUGAUGCACUCAAUUGGUUACUCAGGAAUAAGCAUCCUAGAAGAUGAUGGAAGUGAAGAGGGAAGAAGCAGUGUACAGUCCGGUCAUAAAUGCAGCAAGUGCAAGCAGUUUAUGGUUGCCCCAGAUCACACUCCAAUUAUUCUUAUACCUUGUGGUCAUACACUAUGUGAAGCUUGUGCAGAGGACAGAAUUAAAUGUCCAACAUGUAGAACCAGAGUGACUUCAACAACAAUUAAUUCAACACUCCAGCAAGUUAUUUCAGCAGGAGCAGUCAAUAGUCAGUUAGCAUCAAUCAAAUCCAAAGGAGAAUUAACAUCCCACCAAUCAUACACCCCCUUAAACAAAUCAGAUCUUCCAGUGGGUUCAGUGAGCCAAAACACAAAUCGACUGUACCAAUCAGAACAUAGGGGUGUCCAAGUUCAUUCUUCACAUUUAAGAAAUGAAGUGGACUAUGAAUCAAGGACUGGAGGUUUUGUUGAUCAUCGAGAGACAGAAGUAGAGAAUACUGGUAGGAGGAAAAUAAGCCCAGAGGAGCAAGCCCAGAAGUAUUUGACAGAAUAUCAGAAUCUGUUAAUUCGCUGUGAAGCCAUGGAAGGUGAAGAAGAAGAGAUUCUAGCAGCAAUGGAAAGAAAAAAUAGAGAAAUAGCAAAACAAAAGAAACAAGUUUGGAACAUCUCAAACGAACAAGACAGACUUCGAGAAGAGUCAAGGAAGAUAGAAGAGCGAAUCAAUGCUCUUGACUUGCACCGAAGGGAGUAUGAGCAGCAGUGUAAGGAUCUUGAAGAGGAUAAGACGGAGCAGUCAGAGCGACUGACUUUGGUCAGAGACAUGCUGAGAGGACUUGAACGGACCAAAGAAAAGAUUAAACUCCACGGAAGGAAUUAUAAUAUUUCCUUCAAUUAACAAAGAAAGACUUCUAGAAAAAAGCUACAGUGCCUGUGAGGACAUCUAGGCUACCUUGAAGUUUGAGUGCAGCAAACAAGGUUUUUAAUUCCAUAAUUAUUUCCUCAAACCUACCACCGACACAAUUACUCUGAAACAAACAGUUGCCAUAUGUAGUUGAUGCUACUCGGGCCAAACUCGGCUCGAGUCGUUGUGACCACAGGUUUGUCCAACAAUAGAAAUUCGUCUGUGCCAUCCAGGCAGAUCCUGGGCAGCUUGAACAGCUUAAUCGUGUUGUAGGCCGACUGCGUUGAGGUCGUCUAUAAGCUGUAAUAUGUACUGUAGGUGCAGUGGAGGCUUCCACCCUGUCGAAAGGGUUCAGAUGGCUGGUUUUGUGGAUUUAAGAAGGUAGCAAGAGGCACCUCAGGUCUCCAAAGAGCAUGGCGGUCAAACUAAGACGACUUCUCAGCAGGGUUGUUGUGGCAGGUGUUAUGCAUGUGCGAGAGUACAAGUCUUUGUUGGACAGUCGUACUGGAAAGUGCACAUUGAGGCUGUAAUGCAUGAGAGCCAGUGAGAGGUGUCGAGAUUCUUGGCCAUGGUGUCAGUGAUCGCUAGAGCUUCACAGUUGUACAAAAGCACUGUCUCGACUGUGGACUUGAAGAGCUGAUUUUUGGCUUUAUCGCUAGCUACUCCAUCCCACACAGGUUUGAGUUUUCGAGCGGCGACCCAUGCCAGCUGCCGUCGUCGCUGAAUGGCACUUUGGCUAUCUGCAACGUUGCAUCCCAGGUAGCAGAAGUCGUCACAGGAUGCAAGAGGGACGCUGGCUGUUGUACAGAUGGUAGUGUGUGGAAUGUCUCCAAUUUUGCCAUAAGACAGUAGGAAUACAAUGAACACUAAACAAAAGUUGCUCUUGUCAAAAUUCUUUAAAAUGGACAGAUACACAUUAAGACAAAAAAAAAACGUAACCUUAAGAAGAAAUUUUGUAUAAAAUGUUUGUAUUUAUUUGUAGCAAAUCGGAAUUUAUUUGUACAUACUUAUAGAGUACAUUUGUUAUGGUAUAUUGCAUCAGAAAGUUAACACAUACGAAGUAAAAGUUACAACAGAAAAAUAUUAAACUCUAUUUUUGUUUGCAUUUAGCCCUUUGUGAAGCUUCAAAGUACCUGAGUUUAAAUGUAUGUCAAUUACUCGGAAAGCUUUGGUAGAGGGAAAAAAAUGCACUAAUAGCUAUUUCUGCAAAUUGAUUACAUCUCCAACGCACGUUAACUGCAAUUCAUUUAGAUUAAGCUUAGUUCCAUGUACAUGCAAAAUCUGCUAUAACCUCAGCAGGAAAUAUUGAAUAAAAGACAAAACUUUCAUCAGUAAAUCCUUUGAUGAGCCAGUAACCAAUUCAUAUACGGUACAUACUGUGGUAUUUCAGUUCAUUACCUGUUUCUGAUAAUGACCGAAAUGUUCUAUGCAAAAUAAAACAUUAUGCAAUAAAACAUUAUCUCUGCUAAAUCAUCAUAUUGUUAUUAACUAUCUGUGGAUGUUUAAACUAUGGUUAAAUUAAAGGCAGCGGACACUAUUGGUAAUUACUCAAAAUAAUUAUUAGCAUAAAACCUUUCUUGGUGACGAGUCA